AUGUCCUCUAGCCCUCGUACCACUAGAUCCACUGCUAGGAAGCAGGACAAAGUGCAGACCGCUAAGGCCACCAAGUCUCAAGAAAAGACAUCUGUUAAGCCACCUAAGACCAAGAGAUCCAGUGCAGCAGGCGCCACUAGCGACCAUGACAAAGGAUGGUCAACAUCACAACAGAAGCAACUGGAUGAACUUCUCAAAUGCAAGGCAGCGGUGCAGAGAGAGGAGAAGGAGGUACAGCGGUCCGGAACUCGCAAGCGGGUGACACCUGCUUGCAAGAAGGCAAAGAAGGUGCAGGAAUCGGCCAAGGGAAACAUAAGUGAUGAAGUCCAGGAAGCGGUGUCUGUGACACCCGCUUCAUCUCGUUCCAAACCCAAGCCAGCCUACAGGGGUGCAGCUGCGCUAACAGAGGGAGAACGCGCCAUCGUUCAGAACUUGGACAUUGCUCAGAUUGCCAACAAAAAGGGUCAGAAGGAGCCAGAGGAGCACAGUGACAAAAGGGUUGUAGACUCCAACAGCUCAGCGUAUGCUGGGAGUGAGGACAAAAAGAGGUCAAGCUGGGAUGAGGACGAUGUCAUGGACAUGGGGCCCAAGAACGCGACAAAAGGGCGUGCCUCUCAAACAACACAGAAGUCUCGCAAUUGUGUGAAAGCUGGGGACCUGCCCAUGGACAUGAAGCCCCUUGUCAACAUGGCAAACAACUGCAUGCACAAUUGCCUGGCUCUUGAUACCGCAUGGACAACGGAUACAACAAUCACAAGCUCUCGUCUUGUGUCCAGCAACCAGCUCGUCGCUUAUGCCUUGAAGGAUGCUCGCAACUCGGUGGACAAGGAUGGAAAGAGGAUGGUGACGGUGUGCACUGCGUACAAGAUGUUGAGACAAGGCACCAGCAGCAAGGACGACAACCUGCGCAAGCAGGUCAAUUUGGUCGUCUGGGGCACUGCCUCGCAGCUUCGCAAUGAGGUGAAGAGGAAAGCCAAGGUCAUUGUUGAUCAUGCGUAUGGCUUGAAUGUGGUUCAGACCAAUAAGCGGACCCAACUUGCAUUGUGGCUGCUCACGACUCACGCCAUGAAGGUGAAGGGAGGCAAAUGUGGUAUCCCUAACUUUGUGUUUGGGGAUAUGCAGGUUGUCUGGGAUGAAAAGGGCUCCAUUGACAAGGAGAAAUCAAACGUCAAGAAUGAUGUACCAUUCCGACACCCUGCAAUCUCUGAAAUCAUCACGCAGCAGUGGUUUGUGGGUCACGCAAAGACCACCACGCCAACAGAACGAUUCAGCAGUGUUCCGGACAACUUGAUUGCAUUGGUGUGUAAUGCCAUCGAGGUUUCAUUGAGGGAAGUGGCAACAAACACACCCAUGUCGUUCUCAAACAAGCAAUGGGAUGACCUGAUGUCAAUCCUGGAGGCAACUCGGCAGAAUGCACCUGACUACUACAAGGCAACAAAGAAGCUGCUGUGGGACAGCAUCAAGACCAGCACAGAGAGCGGCUUCAAAGCCAAGGUGGCAGCAAGUGAAGACAAAGGCGAUACGUUUGUCAACUGGUCAAAGCUCCAAACGGUCGCGCUUGAAGAUACCAGCACAGUGUCUGGCAGCAAGGCCCAGCCAGAGCCUUCUUCUGUCGAAGCUUCAAAGAAUGGGAGGAAGAGGAGCACAGCCAAGCCGUCAUCAUCUACAGUAGCUCACGCUGGUCCUUCAAAAGCUCAAGUGGUUCCAGCAAUCACAGAGCCAUACAACACUUUGGGUGAUGUUGAAGAGCUGGAAGAUGAUGACUGA